UCUAAAGAUUGAGAAUUUAUUUUAAAGGAGAUUUUUACAUUGGCUUUUAAUUUUGAAAAACAAGUACAUAGAACUAAAGUUUCGUAGGGGUGUCGUUAUAUGAUUUAAAUAGUUUGGAAUAUAUUUAAUUACAAUAAAUAAUAAAGUAAAAUAUUUUAGUAGUUUGUAAAGAAAAAAAAUUAUUAAAUUUUAAAAAUGGGCACUAGAUUUUUGCCAGCUGGAAUGGAGGAUGAAGAAGAUGACGAUAUUUACGAUUUUUAUUGCCCUGGCGCUAAUGCUUUAACUAAGACAUUGCAAAACAUGUGUGUGACUGUAGUUCCAGAUUUAACCAAAGGAGCUGAUUUAAAUGACAAAGAUUUUGAUGCAAGCUUGUGUGAGGAAAUUAAUAAUUGGUUUGAAACAUUUAAGAAGCAAUGGGCCUUAUAUAAGAAAACACCCGCCAUUAAACAAGCUCUUGAAGAUUUAUUCAUCUUAAAUGAAAAUCCUCUAUUAUUGGCUUUAAAGAUUUUUGCAAAUUCCCCUGGAUGUAACAAUUUGAAAACAAAAAAUAAUUUAGCUUAUUUUGUUUUAGUUACAGUUUGUAAUUUAAAAAAAAUGAAACCACACAUAUCUGAAAAAUGUACUGACAAUAUGAAAAUGGUGGCUUUUAAUUUUAUCAAAACUCAAGGCAUCCCAAUUUUAUAUAAGGCUGUGAGGGAUGCUUAUGAAUUAACAAAGGCCAAGGAAUUAUUUGUGGAAAAAAUUAGAGAGCUAGUGAAAAAUCGUUAUUAUAAAGACGCUUCUCAUUGGGCGUUGUAUUUGGACUUAACAAACAGGUUUACACUUUAUGAUAUUCCGUUGCCCUUAAUUAUGCAAGAUAAGAUAUCUAUUGCAGAAGAAUAUUUAGACAAAGCAAAGCAUUUACAACGCGACAUUGUUGAAAUUUUAGAUUCAUUUCUAAAUCCAAACUCUUCAGUUACAAAUGAAUGUGAUAAAAUUAUUUCAGAAUAUAAAUAUAAUGAUGUUAGGUAUGAAAAGCUUCAAUCGAAACCUUUAACAAAACUAAUUGUUAGAUUAGCAAAAAAAUACAAUAUACCACAGGAAUCAGUACCUAAUGUUAAUCGACAAAAAAAUUAUGGCUGUCUUCAAUAUCUUAUACAUAAAAGAUAUAUAGAAAAAGGAAUGAGUAAUGAUGCCUGGCGCGAACUUGUUACGGAGCUAUUAGCAAAUUCAAAAGAUCUUGAACUUGAUCUAAUAUAUGCAAUUUGGUUCAACGGAGAUACAAAAGAAACUUUAUACUGGUUAAAAGUAUUUCGGAUACCUAUAGAUCGUUUACCUUUUGCACUUCAAGAAAAUUUAGCAGAUGGAAUAAAAACUUCUGCUGAUGACGAUUCGUGGAAUGGUCAAAUGAAAUUUUUUUCAACAAAAAGAUCAGUCGUCGGUGAAGAACCGGGAACUUCAAGAAAGCAAUUUUAUACUUUAAAUCUGAGAAAAGAGAAUAUUAUUUAUGUAGACCGACCAGAAUCUUUUGAAGCUAUGCUGAAAAGAUUGAGAUCAGAAAGCUUAAUAGCAUUUGAUGCAGAAUUUAAACCAUCCUUUAAAGGUGAAGCUAUGCUUAAUUUAAUACAAAUUGCGGCAAAAGAUACAGUAUACUUAAUUGAUGUGCUUAGUAAUGAACUCAAAGGUAAUAUGUGGAGUAAACUUGGAGAAAAUGUUUUUUGUAAUAACGAAAUAUUAAAAUUGGGUUUUUGUUUGCAACAAGACUUAGCAAUGUUAGAAAAAGAUUUGCCAAUGUUAAACAUAAAUAUACAAAAUAGUUGUGCGUAUUUAGAUAUUCAAAUUUUAUGGAGAAAUGUUAACAAAAUAAUGAGUUUUAAGUUUCCUUAUAAGGUUGAAAAACCUGGUCAAAAUUUAAGUGCUUUGGUUGAAUUAUGUUUUGGAAAAAAGUUAGACAAGUCAAACCAAUGCUCCAAUUGGUCAAAUCGUCCACUACGUACAGAGCAAAUUAAUUAUGCGGCUUUGGAUGCAUUUUGUUUGAUAGAGAUAUAUAACACAAUCAAAGAAAUCUUUGAGAGACAGCCAUAUUGCUUUGAUUCUUUUGUUGAAGAUAUUAUUUCUGAAUCUAAAAGCAAAACACAAAAAUUCAAAAAGAAAGCGGUUCCAAUAAAGGUUUCUAAAACUGAAAGCAAUAUAACAGAAGAUUCAGAAACGCCAAGUCCGUUUUCAAUGAAAACAACCACUAAGGAUGUAAAAUUUAUAUGUGAUGAAAUGCUUGCCGGUUUGUGUAAGGGUCUCAGGAAAUAUGGUGUCGAUUGCUUAGUUGUUGCAGGUUUAGAAGUCCCUGAGGAUAUUUGUAUUAAAGUAGCUUUAAAAGAGAAUCGUUUUGUACUAACAAAAGGUGAACGUUUUGUUAAGUAUUCACAGUACUUACCAUACGGUCAUUGUUUUAAAUUAUAUUCAAAUGAUGUUGAAGAUCAAAUUUUGGAAGUCCUAAAAUAUUAUAAUGUAGUUUUAUCAAAGAAAGACAUUUUCAGUCGCUGCCAAAUUUGUAAUUCAAAUGAAUUUAUAUUAUUAAACACCUAUGAUAUGAAGAGACUAAUAAAUGGAAAUUAUAGUAAAACAGAUAACAUCAAAAAACCUACAGAAUCACCUCCUCAGCGGAAUUUUAUUUUAAAUGUUCCAAGCAGCAAAACAUUCUUCUCCAAAACAACAAAUCAGAACAAAAAAAUUCAGCUCAGUAAAAUUCCUGACCAUGUUAUAGAUUUAAAUUAUUAUUUCUAUAUAUGUGAGGGUUGUGGUAAAUGUUAUUGGGAUGGAAGUCAUUUGGAAAAAGUUUUAAAUGGACCUGCCAAAAAGUUUAUUGAAGACCGAAAUUGAAUUUGGUUGAUAAAAACAAUAAUAUUAAAGGUACAACAAUAUGUGUUCCUUUAAAAAAAGUUGUACAAAAUUCUUAAGUUUUUCUCAAGAUCGUUUAAUUUCUGGUUUACCCUUAACCUGAUUUUUUUUCUAAUUUCCGUUAAUAUUAUAAAUUUACCUGAAAAUUAUGAAUUUUUGAGAAUAUCAAUAAAAUAUUGAAAAUU